AUGCUACCGGGUGAGGUACCACUAACUCCGAGUUUUGGCACCGCUACAGCACGGCCACUGAACGGUGUAAGCACUGCUUCAGCUGCUGCAGGGCGCUGUUCAGAAUCCGUUCAAACUGAUGACGAACAAUCCGUUCAACAAGAAGCAGAUACAUCUGGUGCUGCAAGCGAAGCACCACAGGAACCAGACAUUUCGGCACCAGGAGAUAUUGCAAAAAACGGAAAAAAUGGUACCAGCACCACUACCGUAAUUGCAAGUUCAGAUGCUGAACUGAAACGAUGCGCCAGCACAUUCCAACCAGCUCAUAGUGCUCUACGGAAAACGCAGUCUGAGCACGGUGGACGAUUGCUCGCAGCCCCUCAAGUUGCAGGAAGGGAAAAGACACCGCCAACUGCUGAGGAACUACGAAUGGCUCUAAAAGAGGUUUCGUCCAUGAAACUGCCAACUAAGCCGCUCACGGAGAAGCAGAAAAAGAAGCUGCUGAGUGCAUCAUGCGAACACCUGCAUACCAAGGAGGACGACAGUAGAAAUAUUAGAAAAACCGACGGAUCUAUUGGGAAGUUGUUGGCCACUUCCGCCGCACCAUCCAGAAGCGAGCUCCACCGGAAGCUCUCGAGCAUCUCCGAGAAAAGCGCUGAAUGGGCAAGUGGUGGCGAUGAGUUACCACUGGCGCCAAGCAGUAUUAGCUGCCCAACAACCACGCGCAUAAGCAAAGAUCAGAAGCAAUUGCCGCGGACGCUGCAAAAAUAUCGAGACGGUGUUUACGGGACGAGGCGGCAUAUUUUUGAUGAGCUGAGAGCGCCAUUUACUGGAAAGUACGCAAGAGCGCAAAAUUGGACAUCGGAAGCUCAAAAUCGGACACCUCCAAGCUUGACAAGUAGUACUGCAACGCUGAGGAGGAAUGUGAAAGCAGCGGAGGAGGACUGGGAUGAGUUAGGGAGUGCUACUCGGAUAAGGCCUACGAAACAGCGAACAGGCGCCGCCGGUCUACGCCACCGUCCAAUUUCUGAAGUUGACACCCGGCCACCCUGGGAUUCAUCGCCACUCAAAGAAGGUGAGCUAGAUCGGAUUGCUCCGCUGCUGCCUUUCUUUCCACGUCAGCAUCAGCAGCGCAAAUGGCUCUCGGCGUCAAAUUUGGAUCGUACACGAGAUAGGGCCUAUGCUCAAGAGGAUGAGCAGCGACGUCGGCAAAGUGAUUGGAAUUUGCAUGAGGCCACAUCACGACCGCAAACAACGCGCAUUUCUCGCCUGGCACAACCGCGACAACCGGUAGCGCAUGCGCGACCAACGCCUGCUAGCACCAGUGGCGUAGUAUGGACUCCAAAUGGUACCCUGGAUAAGACAAGGCCAAUAAAAGAACAGCUCUGGUGGAGCGCACACUGA